UUUAGUUGAACAUUAAUCUAAAGUUUGGAGAAAGUUAUGAAUCCAUGGAGGAUCAAGGAAUCAAAGGGAAGCGCUUGUUGUUUUUUCCAUUGCCAUUGCAAGGCCACAUAACACCUAUACUUCAACUAGCAAAUAUCCUUCACUUAAAAGGCUUUUCUAUAACUAUAAUUCUGGCGGAUAACUUCAGCACCACUUUCGAUAAUAUUCGAGCAAAUUAUCCUCAUUUCACCUUUCAUACUAUUUAUGAUGGUUUAUCUGAAGAUGAUAAGGCAAAAACAGAUAUUGAUGCCUUAUUUCUGCUUUCUUUGUUCAAUCAAAGGUGUGUUCCGCACUUCACAGAGGCUUUGAGAGAGUUAGUGUUGGAAGAUUCAAAUAUUGUUUGCUUAUUAUCAGAUAGUAUCUUGCAUUUCACCAAAGCCGUUGCAGACAGAUUUAAGCUUCCUAGGCUUGUUUUAAGGACUGGAGGAGUUUGUUCAUUAUUGGUUUUUGCUGCCAUCCCACUUUUGAUAAACAAAGCUUAUUCACCUCUUCAAGGUAUGGAAUCUGUACAAGAGGAAGCAGUUGAGGAACUUCCACCUUACAGAGUUAAAGAUCUUCCUUUAUUCAAGACAUGUAACGUGGAUGCACUUUAUCAAGUUAUUGAAGGAAUGAUACGAGAAACUAAAGCUUCAUCAGGCCUCAUUCUCAAUUCAUUUGAACAACUUGAACAAUUCUCCAUGUCUAAACUCCGCGGUGAUUUUCCUAUCCCAAUUUUUCCAAUAGGCCCCUUUCACUCUCAUUUUCCGGCUUCUUCCAGCAGCUUGAUGUCACAAGACCAAACAUCAAUCUCUUGGCUAGACACAAAACCACCUAAAUCUGUAAUUUACAUCAGCUUUGGAAGUGUUGCAGCAAUAGAAGUUAAUGACUUUCUUGAGAUUGCCUGGGGCUUGGCAAACAGCAACCACCCUUUCUUGUGGGUGGUUAGGCCCGGGUUGAUUUGUGGCUCGGAAUGGAUCGAAUUGUUACCUAGUGAGUUCUUGGAGACAGUGGAUGGAAGAGGACACAUUGUCAAAUGGGCUCCUCAGCAACAAGUGUUGGCACAUCCUGCUGUUGGGGCAUUUUGGACGCACAAUGGAUGGAAUUCAACAUUGGAGAGUAUAUGUGAAGGAGUACCAAUGAUUUGUAUGCCAUGUUUCGGUGAUCAAAUGGUGAAUGCAAGGUACGUUAGCCAUGUUUGGAAAGUAGGGGUGCAAUUAGAGAAUGGCUUGAAGAGGACGAACAUUGAAAAUGCAAUUAGAACGCUGAUGGAGGAUGAAGAAGGGAAACAAAUUAAAGAAAGAAUGUUAGAGCUGAAGGAGAAGGCAAAUUUAUGUCUAAAGACAGGAGGAUCUUCUUAUGAGUCUCUGAGAAGCCUUACAAGUUACAUCUCAUCAUUUUGAUAAUGUUUAUGUUCGGUUCAUGGACGCUCGUUCUUCUUUUUGUUUGGAUCUACAAUUAAUUUGACAAUAAGAAUUUGGACUUUUUAUCUAUCUAUUUACUCUCCAUUCGUAAGAGUUUGGUUUAUUUAUUGCUGCAGCGCUACUUGUAAAAUGACUGCAGUUGUAAUACUGAAGCUACAUUUGUUGCUAGAGUUAUUCAGAUUAAUGGGCAGGAUAAAUCUGCAAUCUCUAGGCAACAAUUUAAUCCCAGCCAACAAAAGCUUGGAUCAGCUAACUCAGGUCUGUUUCAACAGCGAAUCAUUGAUCUUAUCUCCUGUAUAAGACGGUCCAGAUUAAUGUAUGACGAUCCACCUUCAUUGAUAGCUUUUUUUGCCAAACUUGCCAUGUGCUCUGUUCUUUGCGAGAAUUCAUCAUUUCUCUGAUUGAUUUUGCAGUUAUGUCUCUAUCACAUGUAUCUUUUAUGUCAAGUCCCAUCUUCCAAACCUCUCCAACAAAUUUAUUAUUCACUUGCUGAUCAGCAAAUCAUCGGCACUCCUUCAACUAUACUCUCCAAUGUAGAAUUCCAUCCAGAGUGAGUUAAGAAACCCUCAAUUGCUCUAUGUGCCAACACCUUUUUCUUGCGGAACCCAAUCAGCCAUGUAGCCCCUUGCCUUUGUACCCUGCUCCAACUCCACAGGAAUCUCACCUUUUUUCUCUUGUCCUAUUAUCAAGUCUGGCCUCAUCACCCACAAGAAGUUUUGGUCACUAUUCACUAGACCAUACCAAAAUUCUAGUAGUUCUUCUUUCGUCAACCCUGCAAUGCUUCCAAAACUAACAUAUAUCACAGAUUUUGGUGGCUGUGUGUCAAGCCAAGACAUGCAACUCUCAUCUUCUUGCCACAAACUGUUUGAAGAGGUAGAUGUUGUUGCAAGUUUAGCCUUUAGAUGGGAAUGAACUGGUCCGAUUGUAUAAACAUUUGGACAUACCGUUUGAAUUUGAGAAAGUAUGGGCCCUUCCAGAUCUUCAAAUGUGUUCCUCGCGCUCGAGGGGUUUGUUGUGUCUCUGCCAUUACAAUCCUGAAAUCCGAGUUAGUUAAGUCACUCCCCUGACAGAAGCUUGGAACGUCUCGACCUCUCAGUAUCAUCCAUGCCUUUAACCUUGGUCAAUGUCAAGUCCUUUGCAUUUUCUGCAAGUCACGUAAAAAAAGACUAUUGAAAGUUGUGGUGUUAAACUAAGAUAUGUCCAACAGUGGAAGGUAUCAAAAUUUCUAUUAAUGUUAUGAGUUUAAAUAAUUUCUAGAUAAAA